AUGAUCGUUGCAAAUUUGUUGAUAAAAGUGAUUUGUCCGGUAAAGAGUUUUUUGUUCGGUUCUUUUAUUUACAUUGAUGUUACUGGGACAAUUCCCAAGCCAGGAGCUGGUGGCGAGUAUGACGUACAGGAUGGUUUUGGAUGGACAAAUGGUGUUGUCCUAGACCUUUUGACUACUUAUUAUGAUCGAAUGACUAUUGGAGACAUUGGACAAAAUGUCACGCAUGGGCCAUCCGUUAGACCCUGUCGCAGUAAAACGUAUCGCAUCCGUUACAGACUAGUUCCAUUGCUUUGCACCACCGUUUUUUAUUUCCUCAGACUUUAG